UUUAUUUCGUACUUCGUCUCACAUUCACUCACAUCAGCACACAAAUAGUAAAAAAAUGUUCUCCAUACGUUGCAUUUCAUUUGUUUAAAUUCUAUUAAUGACAUUAUGUCUACAGUAAGGAAGCUCAGAUUUGAGGUCAACAUUUGAAUGCAAGAAUCAAAGCCUCUCAAUUCAAAACCCGAGAUUUUAUUCAUGGCUGGAAUGUUGCGCAAAAACAAACAAAAAAAUCCAGCACAGCCCGCAUUAUUAUAGUGAUAUGUACACCGAGUCUCGUUUAGACCUGCACCUUCAGGUGAGGAGGAGCUUCCGUAAAACGCCAUUCAACUAAAGCAGAGGUUAAUUAUGCAUUAAAAACAAUCCCACCAAUCAGAGCAGAGACAGUACGCUGGAGUCUCCGCCUGCCUCUAACAUCACAUCCCGGUGUUUUGAUCAUGACUUGAUGUUCCUGCGCUUAUUAGUGGCAGACUGUCGGCUGCUGCCACACGGAAAACUACACUUACAUCCCCAGUAGACCGAUUAUAUUUCUCCUUCUGCUUUAAUCUACUUGAUUCUGCGUUUGUGAAUGAAAAAUGUUUUCUUAGCUUCGGAGGCUUUCCCCGUCAUGACCUCACCGGGCCGCCCCUCCGCUUGAAUGGGAUCCCUCAUCGCUCGAUCAGGCACCGACUGUCUCUACUGCUGCUGCUGCUGCUGUUGCUGCUGCUGUUGUCGCUCCGAGCCCCGAUUUUUAGGAUCCGUGAGCUUCUUGGUCUCUUUAAUCAGUUCAUGAAUGGUUUGAUGCGAAAUCCUCCUGUCUGAUCGGCAGAAGAGCGACGACGCCAAAUCUCCGGAAGCCUGCGCGUCAGGGCCCUUGGCAAUGGGGGGAUCCAAGAGUAAGCCCAAGGAUGCAGGCCAGCGAACCCGCAGCCUCGAUGGAAACCUCAUCUCCGGAGGAGGGGCUGGCGGCCACCACCUCAACUCCACUCAUCAGUCCUUAACACCCAAUCGGAGCCCUACUAUGGAUGGAGGUCUUGGUGGUAAUCAAUCAGUGGGCAAUAACGCGGAGCUGGCCCUGUUCGGAGGUGUGGACAAUAAUAGCGUCACCUCUCCAAACAGAAUCACACUAGCAGGUGGCGUGACAACCUUCGUGGCGUUGUACGACUAUGAGUCUCGAACAGCCUCAGAUCUGUCUUUCAGGAAGGGCGAACGCCUCCAAAUAGUCAACAACACAGAAGGGGACUGGUGGCUGGCGCGCUCCCUGACCACUGGAGAGAGUGGUUACAUCCCCAGUAAUUAUGUGGCUCCAUCCGACUCCAUCCAGGCAGAAGAGUGGUACUUUGGCAAAAUCACACGCCGUGAUUCUGAGAGGCUGCUGCUAAGUUUAGAGAACAGGAGAGGAACUUUCCUGGUGAGAGAGAGUGAGACCACCAAAGGUGCCUACUGUCUGUCUGUUUUGGACUAUGACAACACCAAAGGGCUGAAUGUGAAGCACUACAAGAUCAGGAAGCUGGACAGCGGAGGCUUCUACAUCACAUCACGCACACAGUUCAGCACCCUGCAGCAACUUGUUAAUCACUAUCGCAAGCAUGCUGAUGGGCUGUGUCACAGUCUAACAGACAUUUGUCCUGUGCUGAAGCCUCAGACUCAGGGCUUAGCCAAGGAUGCUUGGGAAAUCCCCAGAGAGUCCCUCCGUCUUGACCUUAAGCUUGGACAGGGCUGCUUUGGAGAGGUCUGGAUGGGAACAUGGAACGGUACAACAAGGGUGGCGAUCAAGACUCUGAAGCCCGGCACCAUGUCCCCUGAGGCCUUCCUCCAGGAAGCCCAGGUCAUGAAGAAACUGAGACAUGAAAAACUGGUUCAGCUCUACGCUGUAGUGUCUGAGGAACCGAUCUACAUCGUCACUGAGUACAUGGGGCAAGGUAGUUUAUUGGACUUCCUGAAAGGGGACAUGGGUAAGAUGCUCCGCCUCCCUCAGCUGGUGGAUAUGGCCUCUCAGAUUGCUUCAGGAAUGGCUUAUGUGGAGAGGAUGAACUAUGUGCACAGAGACCUGAGAGCUGCAAACAUCCUGGUGGGAGAUAACCUGGUUUGCAAAGUGGCUGAUUUUGGUCUGGCUCGCCUCAUUGAGGAUAAUGAAUAUACUGCCAGGCAAGGAGCCAAGUUUCCCAUUAAGUGGACGGCUCCUGAAGCUGCUCUGUACGGACGCUUCACCAUUAAAUCUGAUGUCUGGUCAUUUGGGAUCCUGCUGACUGAACUGGCCACCAAAGGCAGAGUGCCAUAUCCAGGAAUGGUGAACCGGGAGGUGCUUGACCAAGUGGAGCGUGGCUACAGGAUGCCGUGCCCUGCGGAGUGCCCUGAAUCGAUGCAUGAGCUGAUGCUGACCUGCUGGAGGAAAGAACCCGAGGAGAGGCCCACCUUCGAGUACCUGCAGGGCUUCCUGGAGGAUUACUUCACCUCCACAGAGCCUCAGUACCAGCCAGGAGAGAACCUGUAACGAGGCUGAACGUGUAUACGUGCAUGAAUUAUGCAUGCGCAAAAAUGAACAUGCGCGUCUGAUUAAGAGUGCAUGGACCAGUAUGUGUGUACAGUAAAACGGGGCAGAAAGCCGACAGCAUUCUGGGUACAAUCAGUAAUUUUCUGGCAUCAAGGACUGUCAGCAGGACUUCGAACCAAUCAGCAACACGCAGUUUCCAAAGUCACUGUCAUAUUCUCCAUUUUAGUCUGAGGGACUAUUUUCAAAGGAAGGGACUAAACUGUGGUAUUAUUUUGCUUUUAUUAUACACUAUCAUUUUGUUUGCCAGUUCAGUCAACACCCUACUCAGCCAAACAUGUUUGUCCUAGUGUUUGUAAGGCGCCCUUAUAAAUACACAUUCCUCACGCGCUCUUCCUGUGUUAAUUCACCUGUCUGACGUUGUAUUUUGUUAUUUUUAACGCUAUGAGUGACACCAGAGUACGUCUUUUAAUAAGACUGCAUAUGGGUCAAAAAUGGGAGUCCAGAGAAUGAUUGUUGGAUACAAGUAUUGUCCUGCUGAAAGCUCACUUCAUGAUGCCAUUUUUUUUACUACAUUUUCUUUGGGAUUCUUAGACUUUGUCUUCCAUUUUUCAAACACAGAUUUUCCUCUUGAGAACCAGCAGUUUGGGAUCUACAGUAAUUAACGAGGAUAUCACGGAUCUUAUACUUUUUAUUGUGUUAUUAGAACCUGGAUCAACUGGAAAAUUUUCACAAGUUUUUCUUUUUUUUUCUUUUUAAACACGCUUCCUCGUGCAUCAUUGAGGCCAGUUCCCCAACUGCUGGGAUUUUCUAUGAGAGCGAUGCCCUCGAUUCCCAUCAGAGUGUGUAGUCUCGCUCGCCAAUUGGUUUAUCGCUGUGACCGACAUACAGCUCGACACAAAGAGGAGAGGAGAAGACGCAGAGUCUGCCUCUCUGUGUGACGUCUUCUAAUUGUGACUUUUCUCACAAACAAACGGCUACUGAUCACUAUCAGUCAUCUCAGGAUCGAGAAGACUAGAAAUCUGCUGCAAGGAUUUUUGUGCCAAUGAAAAUCUCUUUUGUAUUCUCUUCUACUGUGUAAAAGUGUAUUUUACUACUCUGAACUCUUUCUUACAGUGAAGUUUGACUUAUGUAAGCAGAGACUCUGUUGUUCUCAAAUGAUAAUCCACGGUUUUGAGAUCCUGCAUUUGUGUACAGUACCGACCAACAGACGGCAUGGUUUCAACGUGCUGAUUUAUUUUCAAGCAUUUCAAAUUAAAAUCAGGUGAAUCUUC